ACAGUCUACGAAAACAUAUAGAACUUGCAGUAAUUUUUUCAUGGCCUAUUGCAGAAGUUCUUACCCUGGAGGGCGUAGACGAACUUCAAGAGAAGGGACGCUACGAUUUAUUAAAAAAUCACUUGGCUAUUCGUCAUAAGCAUAAAUUGUACGGCGAUGUGCUGCGAGAGAAGUUCGGACCUUUGAAUAUGGUGAUCACUCGCCGAGCUGAAGACAUGGAAACCAUCGCCAGGAACGAAGGAGUUUACCCGCAAAGAGGAGAAUUUUCCUCAAUAAAGGCAUACAGGACAUCUAGGAAACAGUGGUACAAGUCUACUGGCCUCUUGGUUUUAGAAGGAAAAGAAUGGCAUGAUCUCAGAUCGAAAACACAAAAACAUCUCCUGAAACCGAGAGCGGUGGAAGCCUAUUUACUGCCGAUGCAAGAAGUAGCACGAGAUUUCACAGAAAGGAUAAAGAUACGUAAAGAUGCGAAUGAAGAAGUUCCAGAAUUCCUAGAAGAUCUUUACAAAUGGGCCCUAGAGUCUGUAGCGUAUGUCGGGUUGGAUACAAGACUCGGCUGCUUGGAUUUGAACGCAAAACCAGAUUCUGAUGGAAUGAAGAUGAUUAAUGGAGUUCAAACUAUGUUUGAAAUGAUGACUAAACUGGAAGCUUUCCUUGGCAACAUUCAGUACUGGAAACUGUUCCGAACACCAUCUUACAGAAAAUUCGAGAAAGCUUCAGACUGCUAUUCUGAAAUUGCAUUCAAGUAUAUCCAUCUGGCUUCAGAACAGCUCAAAAAGCUCUCUAGCGAAGACAGAGAACCAACCCUGCUGCAAACGAUGCUCUUGACACCCGGACUGGAGAAAGAAGGAGCCACGGUUAUGGUAGCGGACAUGUUAUUGGGCGGAAUCGAUACGACGUCUCACACAGUUGGAUUCAUUUUAUAUGAGUUAGCCCGAAGUAUGGCGAAACAAGAUCUGCUACAUAAAGAAAUUGUGAAUUUAUUGCCAAGUAAAGACUGCAAAAUAACAUCGCAAAUUUUUACUGAACUCCGCUACCUCAAAGCAUGUAUAAAAGAAGGCCAUAGAUUGCAUCCAGUUAUACCUGUCACGGCUAGAGUAUUAGAUCGAGAAGUUGUGAUAUCAGGUUACCGAGUACCACCUAAGACAGUGAUUAUUGUAAAUACUCAAGAAAUUGGCUUGGACGAACGCUACUACCAACAUGCAGCAACAUUUCUUCCAGAAAGAUGGAUGGAUAAGGAUCACAAGCCAUAUCCUUUCGCUCACAUGCCAUUCGGGUUCGGACCUAGGAGUUGCAUUGGAAGAAGAUUAGCGGAACUUGAAAUAAUUUGCUUAUUGACAGAGAUCAUUCGAAACUUCAGAGUGGAAUAUCAUUAUGAGGACAUUGACAUAGUGAAAAGACUUGUCAACACUCCUGACAAACCUCUGAGAUUCAAAUUUAUUGAUCGAUAACACAUAUUUACUUUUUUACUUCUUAAAUAACAGAAAGUCUUUUGAUUUACCCCAGUCGUUCAACAUU